CAUCAACACAAACAACAUAGACUUUCAGUUUGAGAAUCCCCAAAUGGCCAAAAGGGUCAUCCUCUGCCUCCUCUUCCUAGCAGCCAUCUCCUCAUGGGCCAACUCAGCUAGAGUCCUUGAUGAGGUGGAACAUCAGCCACAAGUCAAAUCCUUGCCGCGUGGUCAUAUCCCGGCUGUGGGCUCCACUGCCACGGCGGAAGAUGAUGCGGCUGAGGCUCCUGCUGAUGUGGCCGCACCAGAUGAUGAUGUAGGUGCUGUCCCUGUGGCUACCCCUGCAGCACCUGUGGAUGAUGAUGUGGCACAGCCGCAACAGUGGCUGCCCCAGCUGCCACGGCUGCAAGUGCCACCGGUGGUCACUGGGGUCGUGGCCAACUCAGAGGUCAGCCCAAUUCCUUUCUCAAAGCCCAACGACAACCUUUUUCCGCUCCAAGGCGGCACCCCCCUCCUCACCGGCAAUGUUAACAACAUUAAAGCCAUAAACAACCUCAUCAACAACCCCAACAGCGUGCCUUUCCUCACCGGCCUCACCGCCGCCCAAAGCAGCACCAUAAUUGCCAACACCGGCGACAACAACAACGUUCUCAGCAACCAGAACCAACCUUUCGUCACCGCUGGCCAACUCCCCACCGGCUCACUUCAGCGCCUCAUCUCCAUUGACGGUACCAGCCCGACGAUUGCACUGACUGUCCUGUUGCACAGCGGUGAACACGACCGUGAAAUUGACGACACCAUCAGUUUCUUCGGGGUUCACAGGACGGCGACUCCGGAAUCGCAGUUUGCAGUGGUGGGUGGGACUGGAAAGUACGAGAAUGCUGGAGGGUACGCGACGGUUGAGACAAUUCAUCAAGAAGAUCAACACACAACGGACGGUGUGGAUACCAUUCUCAACUCUAACGUUUUCCUUACUGAGUAAAUUGGACCGUCUGCUUCUUCAUGAGUGAUGAAUAUGUUGUAGCAGUGUUAGUGUGAAUUUGAUCAUGUAAUUUAAGCUGAAACAAAGUCUCUGUUUCUGGAAUUAUAUUAUAUAUAUAAGUUGUAAUUUUUGCAAUAAACUUUUUUGUUUUGC